AUGUUACAGAGACCGGACGACGGUUCGCCGGAUUUAAAGGCAUGGAUACAGUGCAAUGCAGUGGUUAUUUCAUGGCUCAGGAAUGCGCUUGCGAAAGAGCUUCAAGGAAGCGCUGCCCAUGUCGACAUUGCGACAGAGUUGUGGGCAGAUUUGGACGAAAGAUUCACUCAAGGAGUGGCACCCAGAGUCUACGAGUUGAAACGAGCCAUCGCUCUCUUACAGCAAGAGAAAUCCUCGAUUUCAUCCUAUUACGGUAAAUUAAGAGCCAUUUGGGGUGAGUUGCAGGGUCUCAAUUCAGUACCAGUGUGCAGAUGCAGAUAUAAAUGCGGUGCGGCAAAGAAGAUGUAG